AUGGAACACGGAGCUCCGGAAAUGAAGGCUGGUCGGUUCAUGACUAAACUUUUCGUACUCAUCUUUUUUCUUCAAGGUGUUCAUUCUCAAUCAUCAUCACGAAACAAAUUAAACAUUGCAAAACCGGGCCAAACACAAGCAUCUCUCCCGGUCACGCUUAAGAAAGUUAGUCGUAACCAAGUGAUCGUUGAUAACGGUAUCAUCCAAGUUACCUUCUCAAAUCCACAAGGCUUAAUAACUGGAAUCAAGUACAAUGGCUUUAACAAUGUGUUGAACGACCAAAUCGAAAAUCGCGGGUAUUGGGACGUUGUAUGGUAUGAACCAGGACAAAUACCGUUAACCGAUUAUUUAGUAGGGACAAAAUUCGAUAUUGUAAAUCAUACAAGUGAGCAUGUCGAAAUUUCAUUUUCGAGAACAUGGAGCAUCUCUCAACGGGGCUCAGUAGCCCCAUUAAACGUAGACAAACGAUAUAUUAUUCGAAGUGGUGUAUCGGGAGUACACAUGUACGCUGUGUUGGAGAGGUUGAAAGGUUGGCCUGAAGUGGACAUGGACCAAACCAGAAUCGUCUUCAAACUUAACACAACAAAAUUCGAUUUCAUGGCUGUAUCGGAUGAUCAGCAAAAAAUCAUGCCUUUCGAAGCAGAUCGAGAUAUCCGCAAUGGUCGUGCUAGUCCAUUGGCUUACAAAGAAGCUGUUCAUUUGAUAAAUCCGCAAAAUCAUAUGCUUAAAGGGCAGGUAGACGAUAAGUACAUGUACUCAAUGGAAGGCAAAGACAACAAAGUACACGGUUGGAUAUCGUCAGACCGACAUGUUGGGUUCUGGAUGAUUACUCCCAGCGAUGAGUUCCGUGUCUGUGGCCCCGUCAAACAAGAUCUUACUUCUCAUAUGGGUCCCACCAUUCUCUCUAUGUUCACAAGUGUACACUACGCGGGAAAAGAUAUGAACACAACAUAUAAAAGCAAGGAGCCGUGGAAGAAGGUGUUUGGUCCUGUUUUUGUUUAUCUCAACUCUGCCUCUUCUCGUAAUCUUCUUUGGACCGAUGCUAAACGACAGAUGGUUUCCGAGGUCCAAAGCUGGCCUUAUGAUUUCGUGAAUUCAGUAGAUUACCCUCUCCGUCACCAAAGAGGAACAGUUAAAGGUCAAUUCUUUGUCAAAGACAGGUACAACAAUAAGAAGACAAACUUAUUCGGGCAAUUUGCUUUUGUGGGAUUAGCAUUACCUGGUAAAGCUGGUUCAUGGCAAACCGAAAACAAGGGAUAUCAAUUUUGGACACGAGCAGACAAUAUUGGGAUGUUCACAAUAGCGAAUGUGCGACCUGGGAAUUAUAGUCUCUACGCGUGGGUUUCUGGAUUUAUCGGUGACUAUAAAUACGAACGUGACAUUACCAUCACACCAGGUGAGGAGAUAAACGUAGGACCCAUAGUGUACGAGCCACCGAGGAACGGUCCAACACUCUGGGAGAUCGGAGAACCGGAUCGAACCGCCGCAGAGUUCUAUAUCCCAGAUCCGGACCCAACCCUUUUGACCAAACUCUUUCUUAGUAACUCAAAUUCUGAAGACAGAUUUAGACAAUAUGGUCUAUGGGAUCGUUACAGUGUUCUGUAUCCACGAAACGAUCUUGUUUAUAUUGCUGGAGUGAGUGACUAUAAAAAAGACUGGUUCUAUGCCCAUGUCAACAGGAAAGCUAGAAACGGGACAUAUCAAGCAACGACAUGGCAAAUUAAGUUCAAUUUAAAUGCAGUGACUGAAAUUGGAAGCUACACACUUCGAAUAGCUUUGGCUUCAGCCACAACUGUUAAUCUAAUGGUUCGAGUCAACGAAGCUAAUUCCAAACCUGUUUUUAUCUCUGGGCUAAUAGGUCGGGAUAACGCUAUCGCGAGGCAUGGGAUUCAUGGGUUGUACAAAUUGUACAAUAUCGAUAUCCAUGGAAAGUUUCUUAGGGUUGGUUAUAAUACGAUUUAUCUUAUUCACGGUCGGAACAAAUCUGAUUCUUUUUCAGGUGUGAUGUAUGAUUAUCNCUCUUUUAAUAUGUUCACAAGUGUACACUACGCGGGAAAAGAUAUGAACACAACAUAUAAAAGCAAGGAGCCGUGGAAGAAGGUGUUUGGUCCUGUUUUUGUUUAUCUCAACUCUGCCUCUUCUCGUAAUCUUCUUUGGACCGAUGCUAAACGACAGAUAGCUGGCUACUCAGCUUACUCUUGUCCCUUAAUUGUUCGAAAGCAAUAG